CAGCCCCGAAACAGCCCCAAAGAGCCCCGAAACAGCCCCAAAGAGCCCCAAAACAGCCCCGAACAGCCCCAAAACAGCCCCAAAGAGCCCCAAAACAGCCCCAAAGAGCCCCAAUGAGCCCCAAGCAGCCCCGAAACAGCCCCGAAGAGCCCCAAUGAGCCCCCAAACAGACCCGAAACAGCCCCAAAGAGCCCCCAAAUGCCCCAAAGAGCCCCAAACAGCCCAAAACAGCCCCAAAACAGCCCCAAAUCAUCCGAUCCCACCCCAUCCACCCCAUCCCAUCCAUCCCCAUCCACCCCAUCCCAUCCAUCCCCAUCC